CACUCCUCGCCGAGCCUUACUCGGUGAAGAAUUGGAGUGUCCCAAGCAACAGGAACAAGUCGUGGCCAGUUCCUGAACAACUUGACACGGUCUGGGCGCGAGAGAGCACUGGCAGGUGUCUAGCACACACACACAGCACCAGGCCGUGCUGGCAGAGGCCCAGGGCAAUGGCUGAGGGCAGCGCCCCUGAGUGCCCGGGUGGGCUCUGGGAGGCCCUGAGGGCGCUGCUGCCCCGCACACGGGAAGAACUGAAGCUGGACCUCGGCGAGCACGUGGAGGCUGGGGUGGCAUUGCUGCUGCAGAGGGCUACCCGGGAGUUCUACGCAGGCCAGUGGCGUGAGUGUCUGCAGUCGAGCGAGGGGAUCCUCGACUAUGCCUGGGAGAGGCUCAACACCGGGCCGUGGCGGGACGUGCACAAAGACUGGCGGCGAGUCUACGCCUUCAGCUGCCUCCUGAAAGCUGUGUGUCUGUGCCGGCCACCUGCCGACGCGGCCACGGUGGCCGCCGCCCUCAAGGUCUGUGACAUGGGCCUGCUGAUGGGCGCGGCCAUCCUGGGCGACAUCCUCAUUAAGGUCGCAGCCAUCCUCCAGACACACCUGUUCUCUGGAAAAAGGCCUGGGCCAGGCCCUGCCCUGGAGCAGACCAGCCGGAAGAGAGCGAGGAACGAGCACGUUUCGAUUCCAGAUGUGGAGUCAGAAAGAGCAGUCCCCCGUCUUCGCUGCCCGUCCCUCCAGUACUUCAGGGAGCAUUUUUUAGCUCCAGGGAGGCCUGUGAUCUUAGAAGGCGUAGCAGAUCACUGGCCCUGCAUGAGGAAGUGGAGUCUGCCCUAUAUCCAAGAGGUCGCUGGCUGCCGCACUGUCCCGGUGGAAGUUGGGUCCAGGUACACAGAUGAGGAAUGGUCCCAGACGCUCAUGACCGUCAGUGAGUUCAUCAGCAGAUACAUCACCAGCGAGCCCAAGGACAUCGGGUACCUGGCUCAGCACCAGCUCUUUGAUCAAAUCCCAGAGCUGAAGCAGGACAUCAGCAUCCCAGACUACUGCAGCCUGGGCAACGGGGAGGAAGAGGAGAUCACCAUUAAUGCCUGGUUUGGUCCCAGAGGAACUGUCUCCCCACUCCAUCAGGAUCCCCAGCAAAACUUCCUCACCCAGGUGAUGGGGAGGAAAUACGUUCGGCUGUAUGCCCCACAGGAGGGAGAUGCUUUAUACCCUCACGACACACACCUUCUUCAUAACACAAGCCAGGUUGACGUGGAGAAGCCUGACCUAGAGAAGUUCCCCAAGUUUGCAGAGGCCCCCUUCCAGUCCUGCAUUCUGUCUCCUGGGGACAUGCUGUUCAUCCCGGUCAAGUACUGGCAUUAUGUGCGAGCCCUGGAUCUCAGCUUUUCAGUCAGCUUCUGGUGGUCAUAGCCAGGAUGACAGCGCUGAGCACAGACAGUGCUAUGAGCACUCGCUGCUCCAUGCCCCACCUGGUUCUGGGAUGAGCCAGGCCAGGUGGAGCCUGUGCCCUGAAGAGCCUGAGCUCAGGCACCAGCAGAACCAGGCCAAAGGCAGCUGAGGUGGAGGCAGGCUCCUGACAGGCAUGGCGGCAGAGGCAGACGGGAGAGACCCCAGGACAUUAACAGGUGACAUUGCCCAGGAAGACUCCUGGGCUCUAAGAUUAGCCUCAGACCCAGUCCUGUCACUGAACUGCCAUGACCUGGGACAAGAUACUUCCCUGUGCUGGGGAGGGUAGCACUGGUCCCCACCACAGAGGGAGCCAGAGGGAAUGCGUGCAGGCCCCCUGCUACACUGCUAGUGUUCACUGCUGUCUGCAGUCUUAAUGACUGUUACUAGUUCUGUCAUAACUGGGUAACUGGGCCUCUGAGGUCAGUCCCAGCCUACAGACGCUGGAGUGUGGCCUGGUCACCACAGAGGGUUCAUUCCCCCCACCCCGCAACUUACCCAGCUCAGAUUCCUGCUGGACAAGGCAAAGUGCAGGAGCCUUGAUGCUAUCACUGCCUCCCAAGACUUGCACAGACCACCCAUGAAUUUUCAGCCAUGCACCCUCCCUAUAACCAGUUUCUGAAUUAAGAAACCACUACCCCUGGCACCCCGAAGCCCUCUGCCUUCCCCCUGCAGGCUCCACCUCUCCAGGAGUCACUGCCACCUGACUCUGCACUCCAACAACAUUCACUAUGCUGCAAGGUGAAGGGUAAUGUGCUGCAAACCACCGUAACAUCUAAAAGCUAAUAAAUCUAAAAUGAACAACCUUCUAGCAGAGGUUUCAGUCUCUCGCACUUGGUGUAGAGGAGGGUAGCCUGUCCUGCUAGCAGGAUUCCAGCUGGCAGAACUGUAGCAGAAACACUGCACAGCUUUGGGUAUUAUGACUCAACUUCUAGAAGAAUCUGAAGGAGACAUUAGAAAGAUGGUGGCCACGUGACAGCCAGUGUAAGAAAAACACUUGUUCUCCUUUAA